ACCGUUGAGAUCACCGGUCUAGUAAAACGUCCCGUGAGAUUAACAAUGGACCAGCUUGUAAACGAGUUUCCCAGCAAGGAAUUCCCAGUGACCCUCGUGUGCGCUGGGAACCGGAGAAAAGAGCAAAAUAUGGUUAAGAAGACAGCUGGCUUCAACUGGGGAGCUGCCGGAAUCUCCACCUCCGUGUGGCGGGGUGUGCCACUACGCGCCAUUUUGAAGCGGUGCGGGAUAUUCAGCCGUAAAAAGGGUGCUCUCAACGUCUGCUUCGAGGGGGCGGAGGAUUUGCCCGGCGGUGGUGGGUCGAAAUACGGCACCAGUAUUCGAAAGGAAAUCGCGAUGGAUCCAUCGAGGGAUAUUAUCUUGGCUUACAUGCAAAACGGGGAAGGAUUAUCCCCUGAUCAUGGAUUCCCUGUUAGAGUGAUAAUUCCAGGGUUCAUUGGCGGAAGAAUGGUGAAAUGGCUUAAAAGAAUUAUUGUUACUACACAAGAAUCAGACAGUUAUUAUCAUUACAAGGACAAUAAGGUCCUUCCAUCCCAUGUUGAUGCUGAACUUGCUAAUGCUGAAGCUUGGUGGUACAAGCCGGAACAUAUUAUCAACGAGUUGAACAUCAACUCAGUGAUUACGACCCCAUGUCACGAAGAAAUUUUGCCAAUAAAUUCGUGGACGACUCAGAGGCCUUUCACAAUUAAGGGUUACGCUUAUUCUGGUGGUGGGAAGAAAGUUACAAGGGUGGAAAUAACUAUGGAUGGUGGCGAGACUUGGCAUGUUGCCACCGUCGACCACCCUGAAAAGCCUAACAAGUACGGAAAAUAUUGGUGUUGGUGUUUUUGGUCACUCGAGGUGGAGGUGUUGGAUUUACUUGGUGCUAAAGAAAUUUGUGUUCGAGCUUGGGAUGAGACCCUUAACACACAACCCGAGAAGCUCAUUUGGAAUCUCAUGGGAAUGAUGAAUAAUUGUUGGUUCCGAGUAAAAACCAAUGUCUGCAAGCCACACAAGGGAGAAAUUGGGAUUGUUUUCGAGCACCCAACUCAACCUGGAAACCAAUCCGGUGGAUGGAUGGCGAAAGAGAGACAACUCGAAAAGUCCUCAAACGAAAAUCAAACCUUAAAAAAGAGUGUCUCGUCACCAUUCAUGAACACUACUUCAACUAUGUAUUCAAUGUCCGAGGUUAAGAAGCACAAUUCGGCUGACUCCGCAUGGAUCAUCGUCCAUGGACACGUCUACGACUGUACGCGCUUCCUUAAAGACCACCCAGGCGGGACCGACAGCAUCCUCAUCAACGCAAGCACGGAUUGUACCGAGGAAUUUGAAGCCAUCCAUUCUGAUAAAGCCAAGAAAAUGUUGGAAGAUUAUAGGAUUGGUGAAUUGAUUACUACUGGAUAUACCUCGGAUUCUCCAAAUAAUUCAGUCCAUGGCCCCACUGGUAAUCUCCUACACUUAACCUCUAUCAAGGAAAUUGCACCCGCAAGAAAUGUUGCACUUGUUCCGCGUGAGAAAGUCUCAUGCAAGCUUAUUUCCAAGACGUCACUUUCCCACGAUGUUCGAUCAUUUCGAUUUGCAUUGCCUUCCAAUGAUCAAGUUCUCGGACUACCCGUUGGAAAACAUAUAUUUCUAUGUGCCACCAUCAACGAUAAACUAUGCAUGCGAGCAUAUACACCAACAAGUGGAGUCGACACUAUGGGCUAUUUCGAGCUAGUGGUCAAGAUUUACCAAAAGGGGGUCCACCCCAAAUUCCCAAAUGGUGGGCUAAUGUCACAAUAUUUGGACUCACUCCCAUUAGGGUCAUUUUUGGACAUCAAGGGUCCAUUAGGUCACAUUGAAUACACAGGCAAAGGGAACUUCUUGGUGCAUGGCAAACACAAGUUUGCCAAAAAACUUGCCAUGGUCGCCGGUGGGUCAGGGAUUACACCGGUAUAUCAAGUGAUGCAGGCCAUUUUGAAGGAUCCUAAGGAUGAAACUUUAAUGUACCUCGUAUACGCUAACCGUACCGAGAAUGACAUUCUGCUAAGGAAUGAACUUGAUGCGUGGGCUGAGGAGUUUAAGGAUAGGGUUAAGGUAUGGUAUGUUGUGUCUGAAUCGAUUAAACCAGACUGGAAAUACAGUGUGGGAUUUAUAAAUGAAGAAAUUCUAAGAGAGCAUAUUCCGGCAGCAUGGGAAAAUGCCUUGGCAUUGGCCUGUGGACCGCCGCCGAUGAUCCAGUUUGCAGUUAAUCCUAAUUUGGGGAAGAUGGGAUUUGAUCUAAAGGAAUCUUUUUUAGUGUUUUAAUUAAUUAGUGAUAAAAUAAGAAAUUAUUGUUUAUUUGUUAGAUUAUUAGAACAAUAAAUAUGUGAAUGUGUACUUUUCAAUUUAUUUUGUGCUUCACUUUUUU